CACCAUCGCCGGCUGCCUGGAAGACCCACUUGUCAUCACCGUCUCGAUCAUUUUUCGUUGACAUUGAGACACGAUUUUUUUUGGUUGUCUCCAGGAUGUGCCCGCCUUGAUCUCAGCUCACGAGCACUCGUUUUCCCAAGUGCGCAGUGUGCCUUUGUCUGCCUCAUCGUUCAAUAAAACUAUAUCCUUGCCCGUCUGCCUCUUUCUUCGACCCGUGCGACCUGCCGACCAUUCCUUCUCCAACAACGCAAUGGAUUCCACUCAAAGUUCAGAUGUCCCUCAAGCGUUGACCGACGCCGCCAGUUCCACUCCCAUUGAGGAUGCGACCUUGUCCCCAAGCAACGACGAAGCGGCCACGGAUGAUGAGGCAUCGGCACUCAAGCUCCUAACCGAAAAUGUCCGAGAUCAGGAUGAGCUCGAGCGGGAUAUCACUUUUCAAGCCAGUCGCGCCUUGAUUGAAGCCGAGGACAAACGGGACCAAAAGCGCAUCGAGAAGGCCGAGUUAUCGAAGUCUAGGUUGGAGGGUCAACGAAAAUCUCAGCAGCAGAAACUCCGUGCCGCACAAGCGAAUCCGGCGGCGGCGCUACGAAUUCAGCGAGAAAUUGCCAGGAUUGAGGCAGAGAUGGAAAUUUGUGAAAAGGACAUUGCCGACUUCAAUGCCCGCAUCGAGCAGCGAAACCAGCAAGAUGCAUCAGACAACCAGGCGCCUGCGGCCGGCGGAAAGCUUCCCGGGGAGAACCAGCGCGAGUAUCUUAUACGGACCGGAAAGAUCACCCCCUUCGCUCCGUUUGGCGGACCCCGACCCGGCGGUGUCCAGGGGGAGCUCGCUGAUGCCAUAAUUGAUGCUGAGGAUGAGGCUAUUGCGGACGAACUCGAGGAGCAGGCUGGCGAAGGUCCCCGCUCCCACCAAAAUCUUAGACUCCCCGGUUUCAUUGAGGAUAAUGAGGGGCCGUCCAGUUCCGCCGUAGAAUCCGAGUUCUCUCUUCGGCCGCGGAAAAAACAAAAGCUGCAGAAACCAUCCGUCGAGUCCGAUGACGAGUUCAUGCCAGAUGGAUCUGCUUCCGAAGCAGCUAGCCCCGAAUCUUCUCCUUCCGAUGACUUUGACAUGACGGACACCACUCCGAAGCGGAAGCGAGGGAAGGCCGUCAAAGAAGUCGGGGAAAAGGUCGAUCUGAGCAACAUAGAUGAUGGCAACGAGGCUGUCUACCAGCAGAGACUGAACGAUUGGACCGAGCGACGAAGCCGGGCGCGGCGGCGCCGCCAGGAGAUAGUGGGCCAGUCCGUUGACGACGAUUCAGACGGCGUGGAGGAAUGGCUCAAGCCGUCGCCGGAUGAGCCAGAUCACCAUUUUGAGAACGGGCUGAAGCUCCCGGGUGACAUUUACCCUUCUCUCUUCGACUAUCAAAAGACCGGCGUGCAAUGGUUGGCAGAGCUGUACGCCCAACAGGUCGGCGGCAUUGUUGGCGAUGAGAUGGGGCUGGGUAAAACAGUCCAACUAAUAUCAUUCAUCGCCGCCUUACAUUACAGCAAGAAGCUACACAAACCCGUCAUUGUGGUUGCCCCAGCCACCGUCCUGCGCCAGUGGGUUAAUGAGUUCCAUCGCUGGUGGCCACCACUCCGCGUCUCUAUUUUGCACUCAUCCGGAAGCGGCAUGUUGAAUGUUCGUGAUGAGGGUGAGAUCGAAGACCAUGUGGAUGACUGGGAGGAGAAAAAGCCCAGCAGGUCCAGCACAACCGUGAAGAGGAUCGUCGACCGAGUGGUCAAGCAGGGCCAUGUGCUGGUUACCACAUACGCCGGUCUCCAGACCUAUGGUGACGUCUUGAUCCCCGUAGACUGGGGUUACGCCGUCCUCGAUGAAGGCCACAAGAUUCGGAACCCAAACACAGCCAUCACGAUCUACUGCAAGGAGCUGCGCACACAUAACCGCAUCAUCCUAUCUGGUACCCCAAUGCAGAACAAUCUGACUGAGCUGUGGUCCCUAUUUGACUUCGUCUACCCCAUGCGUCUCGGUACCCUAGUCGCGUUCCGCAACCAGUUCGAGAUACCAAUCAAGCUCGGAGGCUACGCCAAUGCCACAAACUUGCAAAUCAUGACUGCGCAGAAGUGCGCUGAGACGCUCAAGGAUGCGAUCAGCCCCUAUCUGCUCCAGCGCCUAAAGGCCGAUGUCGCCGCUGACCUUCCCAAGAAAAGUGAGCAGGUGCUCUUCUGCAAGCUAUCAAAGUCGCAGCGGGGGGCAUACGAGCUGUUCCUCAAGUCUGAGGAUAUGGCAUCUAUCCUCAACCGGACACGGCAGUCGCUGUAUGGCAUCGAUAUUCUCCGCAAGAUUUGCAACCACCCUGAUCUGCUGGAUCCGAGGCUGAAGAACAAGCCUGGCUACACGUGGGGUGACGACAGCAAAUCGGGCAAGAUGGCAGUCGUCAAGUCGCUACUCCCGAUGUGGAAGCGCCUAGGGCAUAAGACGCUGCUGUUCUCCCAGGGCGUUCAAAUGCUAGACGUCAUCGAAUCCUUUAUUCAGCGACUAGACAAUAUCAGGUACCUUCGCAUGGACGGCAAGACACCCGUUAAGCAGCGUCAAACCCUCGUCGACCAGUUCAAUACCGACCCGGAGCUCGACGUAUUUUUGCUGACGACAAAAGUCGGUGGGCUGGGCGUCAAUCUUACGGGAGCCAACCGCGUCAUCAUUUUUGACCCCGACUGGAACCCUUCUACGGAUGUGCAGGCGAGAGAGCGGGCCUGGAGGCUGGGCCAGAAGAGGGAGGUUACCAUUUACCGGCUGAUGACGGCCGGAACAAUUGAGGAGAAGAUAUACCACCGCCAAAUCUUUAAGCAGUUCCUCUCAAACAAGGUUUUAAAAGACCCAAAGCAGCAGACGACGUUUAAUCUCAACGACUUGCACGAUCUUUUCAGCCUCAGCUCGUAUGAGGAUGGUGUGACUGAGACGAGUGAGCUAUUCAAAGGCAGCGAUGUCAAGAACUUCAAGCGCUCCGGUCCGAAGGAACUCAUCGUGCCCGGACACGAUGUUGUGCCAUUCAGGCCUCAUCAAGUCGGCACCAGACAACCCAAAACUGAGGCUAGCAACACAGAUGAAAGGGAAGAUGACCUCCGCAAAAUUGACGGAGUUGCUAGCCUCGAGACGUUUGAAGAUCCAUCAGCACCACCCGCCAACGAGGAGGACAGGCUCAUGGAAGGGCUUUUCGCCAAGUCCGGUGUUCACAGCCUGCUUGAGCACGACGAAAUCAUCAACGGCAAAAAGACCGUCAAGGCAGAUCGUAAAAUGCUCCAGCAGGAGGCCAACCGAAUAGCCGCACAGGCGGCCCUCGGUCUACGGCGGGCAGGCGAGCAAGCCCGGAACGUACCCAUCGGCACCGUGACGUGGACUGGUGAAGUCGGUGAAGCUGGCCGGCCUACCAAUACGCGGCGUGGGGGCGGGGGGCCGGGCUCGUCUGGCAUAUCGGCUGGUGUUGCGAACCGUCAGGGCUUCGGCUCGGGCAGUCCCGGCAACUCAAGGCCGGGUACACCCGGCGCAGCGGACCAGAAUCUCAGGGCGAAGGAUUUCGAGAAAAUGAUACCGGAUUUCAUCAAGCGGCACAAUGGUCAGGUGCCGUCGAAGUUGUUAGUAGAUCAUUUCAACCGCUUCUGCAGCGGCUCUCGGCAGGCAGACGCGUUCAAAGCGGCGCUGGGCAAGGUGGCCAAGAUGGAGAAGCGCGGGUCGAGCAUGCGAGCAACUUGGACGCUCAAGCCGGAAUAUCGGUGAUCAGGUGCUGGGACGACAUUUCGGUGUUUUCGAUGUGCUUCAAGACGGUGGAUGCAUUUUUGGGACACCCUGGCCACCGGCGGCGGCGUUCCAGGUGCAGAGCCGUACCGAUGGAGCAGCGGCGAUAGAUAACGACGAGCUUAACGAAUUAAUGAUAAUGAGAGCCAAAACCCUGAAGUCCUGCAGGUUGUAUUGUCCUGGUUCUCUACACACCAGGGGUUGUGUUGCCAUCGUACCCGCGCGGUCGAAGGCUCCCUGCCCAGUGUGGCGAG